AUGAUGGCCGCUAUGAUGGGCUACUCGCACAUUGUGAAGAUCUUGCUCGAAAAGGGGGCCAACGUGUCAAGCGUGGCUGACCCCGGCAUCACGGCUCUACACGCGACAUCUGAAGGAUGCACACCACUUCACCUGGCUACAGAAAAAGGAAGCCCUGAGGCGGUGAGAGCGUUGAUCGAAGCAGGCGCGAAUCCCGACCGUCGAACGCCAACCUCGGCGUGGCACCGCUGCACAUACAUCGCGGCUAGGAGUGGACCCUUGGAUACGUUGAGGGAGCUGCUUCGUUUGAAGGCGAAUCCGUUAUUGGAGUUUGAGCCACCCCCAUCAUCAGUAGGGUGCGGUUCCGCCCCACUAGACAUAGCUGCCCAAAACGGGCACUCGGACAUUGUGCGCGAGCUAGUUGAGCAACUUGGGAUUGAAGGUUGUGAUCCUAAAAAAGGAGGUGAACCAGCUCUCCACGUUGCCGCGUCGGAUCAGCACGUGGAUAUCAUGGCCAUCCUGACUGGAGCCGGCGUGGUCGACACGACGGGCUUAGCUCUCAUUGGUGCCGCCGGACAUGGCCGUGAGGUGUCCGCCAAGUUUCUCUUGCGGCAGAGGCACAAGGAGAGUAAAGGUAGAUAG